UUCGUUCGUCAGUUUAGCUUGCAAAGGCGGGUGGUGUUGUCGUUUUGUGUCCGCCGCACAUGCGCGCACAGCUGUGAGGUGGCUGAAUGAAAAUUGACAGAUCACUUAAAUAAUUAAGCUUAAUUUUAUAUAAUAAAAUUAAUACACAACGUUAAAUUAAACUUGGCAUUUUUAUUCAAAAGUGCAUCAAGUAUCGACGCAAAAAGUUCGAAGUGUACACACAAUAGAUGAGAAAAAAAUCGAUUUAAAAACGACUUGAAUGUAUUUUUCGUGGGUUUUCUUGCAGUGAAGCAGCUUUUUGUUAGUUUUGCAACAAGUGCGGGCCCCGCUAGCCGUGUCGGUGCGUCGAGAACUGGUUUUAGAAGACCGUUGGGUUUUUUGUGUUUACGUAUAGGUAUAUUUUGCCAGUGAUUGUGCCGUUUGUGAUGCUGCAAUUGGUUGCACGUACUCCUCGGUGAGCCGUCAUCAGUGCCCGACGGUGGUUUGCGGAGAGGAUACCGGGUUACAGACAAACCACACUCAUCACCAAAGACGUAAGCUCUGUAGAGCUGCAGCGAGGUGCGCGUGCGCAAAUGAUGAGCGCGGCCGAGACGCGCGAGCCCUUCACCCGGCGGCCCCGGCGACAUGGCGGCGCUCUCCUGCUACCAGCCCUGCAGGCCGCAUCUGGCGCAGCCUGCUAGAUAUUCCAGGUGUCUAGACGAAGAGGACAACCACACUACGCUGCAACUCCGCCGGCAGCAGUUCAUAGAGCGAUGCCACGAGUCGCGCGGCGUGCGGCGGGACGCGAUCCCUGAAGUGAUACCGGUGUCAGUGAAGCGCACCAGGGAGGAGCUGGCCAAACAUGCGUCACAAACCGUGCCGCUGACGCGCCGGCUCAACGUCGAGUCGGGCUGGUCGAAGGUCGAGGAGGUGCGGAAGAAGUUUGAGGGUGCGGCCACCUCGGCGUCGUAUUCGCGCUCGUUUGAAUCUCCUCCCAGGCGCAGGCUAGCAGACUCAUUAUUCGCGAGCUUCAAACUACCCCGCAAGAAGGACGGCAUGGCGGCGCCGCGGUCGCUGCUCCCCCAGCCGCAGCAGAAGCGCAAGUCGGCGGUGGAGCUGCUUGCCGAGACCAAGGCGUUCUACGUCAAGUCCGAGACCGUGCUGGACAGGAAGCAGGAACUGCCUUUGAGGAUGAGUAGUGGACUGGGCCAGGCGAUCGCCGCCGGUGGUUGCCAUCUCAUCAGCUCAGGAGCCCUCAACAAUGACGCAUGUUGUAAUCCCUACGCGACCACCAGGAGUGCGAGCAGCGCGCGGCGGGCGGUGAGCGCGGGCGAGGGCCUGCAGAACACGCUGCGGCGGCUGCUCGACCACUCUGACAGCAGGGAGAACGUCUACUCGCCAGCUUUUGGCACGCCGCACAAAAUCUACGCCGAGUCGCGUCGCAUAAAAGACUCGUACGACCGUGAUGUUCCGCGCACUCAACACAACUCCGGGAACUUUACUGGAACGUUCUCGGGCACGUCAUCCUCGGGAACAUCAGGCUCGAAGGCGCAGAAAUCCGACCCGGACAGGGACAAGCUGAACCGGCCGCUCAGCUUCGGUGACGCGAGGGUGUUCUUCCCGGAGUCGUUCGUGAUACCACGACAGCGGCCCGCUGAAGUGGUUAUUAAGAAUGCUUAUUCUAUACCGAGUUCCCAUUCGAGCCCCGAGCACAUAGAGUUGCCGGAGCCGGUGCUGAGCGGGUCGGGCUCGCCGGCAGAGCAGAUGGCCGCCAUCAGCCCGCCCGCGCAGUAUGCACAUUCGGCGCCACGGUACACCAGGUCGAAUUCGCACUCGCAGCCGAGCAUGCGCGAGGACGACAGUUGUACCAACAUCAACAGUCACAAAUCUCUACCAGAUCUCCACACGCAAGCGCGCUGCUACACCGAACAUAUGCCGGAGGGCCGCACGGACACGAUAGGCAGGUCGCCGCGCCGCCGCCGAUACUCCAGCCAUCAGCGGACCGCCUCCUGCUCCUCCAAGGGAACCAGAUCAAAUCACUCUUCUCUAAUAUCGUCGUGUGAAGCUUUCUCGGAGCAUCCUUCACCUGGCGAGGACAACUAUCAGUCGUACAACAGUCGCUGCGGCUCGUCGUUCGCGCGCGACUCGGGCGGCUCGUCGGGGCACUACACGCAGCGCAGCGCGCCGCCGCACGCGCACCCGCACCGCACCGACUCCGGCUCCUCCACGCAGCACGAACACGCCAGCCGCUACAACUCGUACUACACGGAUUACGGCGGCGGCGAGGUGGAGUGCUACGUAUCGGCGCCGCCGCAGUUCCAAGACGGCGCCGAGCUGCUGCCGCCUGCGCCCGCGCAUCAUCCCCACCACCCCCACCACUACCCGCCGCAGCCUCGCGUCGGGAUACACUUCCAGGCGAGCGCCCCUCCCCCGCAGUUCCAGGACGAACCGCCAGUGUACGACUAUGGUGACUACGACUGCUCGUACAAGCCGCCCAUCAAGUGCCUCAACGUCGGCCGCAAGGAGUACACCAACACCAGGGAGUAUACCAGAUAUCACGAACCAAACACGGAGCUGAUCAACAAACAGCCGCAGUACCAGGAGAUCCGUAUGCGCCCGCGCAUCGACGACAAACAGGAGUACGUCAAUGCUUCACAGAUAUGUCAGGCGGAGGAGGUGACGUCACCGCUCGGCACGUUCAAACGCCAGCGAUGCCUCCGCUACAAGCAGCGCCGACCGAGGCCCAUACUGCGCUCCAAGUCCGACAUCUCGGAUAGAUACAGACGCACGGAGGGGCGCAGUCCCGCGUCGGCGCCGUGCGAGGACGAGUCGCCGAGCCCCGGCGAGGAGUCCGCGCGCCUGCACCAGUUCUUCGAGCGGCUCGGCCUGGAACCGAGGCAGUACGAUGCUCUCAUACGGGACGCACCGCCCGACAGUCCGGUGUUCUUCUCUUCUGCGUCCACUGUCGACUCCAAUCAGCUGGCGGCUGCUGCUGAUUACACGGUGCAAGGUCCCGGCGUGCAGAAGCAGAUCUACCGCAACACAGAACCUCCCAGCGUGGUGGAGCGCAACGCCCGCAUCAUCAAGUGGCUGUGCCAGUGUCGCAAGACGCAGAUGCAGCCGCCGCAGUGAAUGUAAACACCCCGCGUUACACAGUACAGUAAGGUUACAGUUAACGCGGUUUCGUUAUACGCGGAAUUUGGUACACGCGGUUUUUUGUUUGUCGAUCUUUGCUGUUUCUAUAAUACGCCAAUGUAAAGGCGUACUGAAAGCUAACGCGACACAGAACCUCUGAGCAUGGUGGAGUGCAACACUUGCGACAUCAAUUACUGGCUGUUAUUGUCGAAAGACGCGGAUGCAACCGCCAAAGUGAAUCACUUACAAGGCCUCGAUUAACGCGGUUUCGAUAUACGCGAUUUUGACGGUUUCAUUAUGAGGGAUGUACGCGAUAUAUUAUUAUUUAUUACUUUCCAUCUCUUAGUUAUUCUGCCUUAUCUGAGAAGUGAAUAUUUAACUUUCCCUAUCUAUAUUUCAAGUACUAAGUUACUUAGUUGUAAUUUAUCCCUAACUUACAUAACAGUCAUGCCCUUUCAUAAUAUUAAUAUACAGAAUCGUUACCCAAAAGUCUUUUUUUUCGCGAUAUAUACAUUCAUUCAUUCACACUAAUAACAACCGCGUUAAACGAGGCAUUACCAUUUAUAUAAAGACAUAUUAUUCUUUAGCAUUCAUAUUUUGCUAAAUAGGAUGUAAUAAAUUAAACAACAUAUAACAGUUGACUGACAAUAUCCUUGUUAUAACAAUAUUUUAUUUGAAACAAACCUGGCCUUAAAGAUGGUAUUUCAUAAUAAAUUCGAUUGAAAACAAUGAUCUCAAUAAUCAAAAUAAUAAUCGUCUAUGUUUUUUUGUACGGGCAAGUCAAUAUAAACCCACAGCAGUUGAUGGUAAAUGGAGUGGGCACAAUAGAAUGUCGAACGAGAGAUGAAUACGAUUUGAAAGUACACAAUUUGAUAGAACUACCCUCUUUUCAUUUCUGCCUCCGCAACUUUUUAACCGUCUUUUUAAGCGAGAGGAAGAGAAGUCAUCCGCCUGAUCAGAGGCUAAAGGAGUAAUAUGGGAUUUAAAACGAUAAGCUAUAACCAUUGAGUAAUAGAUGCCGCAUUGUGAAGGAGUAGGAUAUUGAAGGUCCGGUUCGAAGGACCAAUAAAUUUCAAACACCCAUUAUGAAAUGUAAAAUUUGAAGGGAGUGUGGUUUUCGAAAAUUUCUGAUUGCCGUCGACCGACUACCUCUAGAGAUCGAAAAUUACGGAAGUUCAUCACUUAAAGUAAAAGUGUUUAAGAAAAUAAUGGGGUGACCAUAAAUAUUGGCACAAGGAGAAAUGUGAGGAAUUUUUUAUCUUUAAAAAUGGCAUUACAAUGCGGUGUCUAUUCAAAAUAAUAAUAUCGAUGUAAAUGUUAAGAUAUUAACAUCUCCAAACGUGAUAUUCUGACGAAGAAAAAUGCUUCCAAUAUAUACAACGCCAACUAACCCACUGUAGAAAGUAUAAAGGGAGAACCAAAAUUUUGCUCAGAUAUCAGUGCUAGAUCACUGGUGUAAGCUCAAUGCUAGAUAAAAACAUGGUGGUUAAACUAGGUGGCACGAGAUAUUAAUAAUAGUACGUUGUGGAUUAUGAAGCAUUCGUCAAUUUAUUGUUAUGGUGCAAAGUAUAUAACAAAAAUAUAUCUCGAUAAUAGGGUACCGGACUCAUUUUUGUUCUUUACUAUUAUCAAAUAUUUACAUAAUAUAAAUUAUAACACAGAAGGAAUUAUUAAAAUCCGGUAAGAAAUCAACAAGUUAUAAGUCAUUGAAUUUCGGCGGAAGGGGUAAUUAACAAGAAACAGAAAAGACACGAAAUACCCACAUGUGACGUCAUCGGGAACUACGACACGUGCGAAAGAAAAAGUCGAAGCGGUAUCCCCACAUCGCGCCCACUUCUGCACAUUACAAUAUUUUAAAUAUGAAUUACUCGCUCAUUUUUUAACCAAUUUUUAUGCAGUUUUCGCAGGAGUGCUUCUUUUUCAUAUUAUUAACAAUUGCAUAUAGAAUAAUGUACUAAAUCAAGCAUAGGCCGGUCCCCUAUUGGACGUGACCCUCUCAGUAGGCCGUUCCCAGCAUUGGUAUAGUAUAUCCAGGCCUACAUUAUAAUCAUAGCCGCCGGUUAGGUGCAAGUGGGUGCACGCGCACCCCCCUGUCCAGAAAUAAGUCACAAAAAAUAUAAUUCACUGAAUAAAUCUGCAACAAUGGGAAUUAUCGCCCACAGAGGUUUUUUUAUGAUAAAGCAUUUUCAAAAAUCCGCACGAUUUGAAUUUGAAAAAAAAAAAUUUGUAGUAUAGAGCGUAGGUGUAGAUGCACCUCUCUAAAGCUAACAUUGAGCGCGCCCAUGAUUAUAACAUCAGAUAUAUAUGACCUUCUAGAUAGCAACAACUUCACGCCUUAUGUAAAUCGCCGAGGGUAAUACACCCUACUUGCUACUUUUAACAAAAACGUGUUUUAAAAUAGCAUUUCUGUAUAACGAAUACUCGUGCCACUAUGAUUUUUAACUAAACGUUAUCGAUGAUAAUAAUGAGGUGAGAUUCGUUAGAGAGAUCGAUUGGUAGAAAAUUUGGAGAUAAUAAUGCUGUGAGUUUUUUACGUUUUAAAAUAACGAAUCUAUUCGUUCGUUGCGUGUUUAAAAAUAACUGAUUUAUGCUAGUGUCAACUAAUCACUCUGCUAUAAUUUGACCGGACUUUCAGUAUAAUCAAAUGCAUUUUUCGUUUUAUUAUUUCAAUAAGGAAUUUGGAUAAAAUUAGUUCCUCAGUUAUCCACUAGAGGCGCUGAAUUCAUACAUUUCUCAAAUGACGUUUAAAACUCAUGGUAAUCUCUGUUCAUUAGUAAAUACGAUUUUUAUUAUAAAGGUAAAUUAAUGUACCCAAAUAACUAUAAAGUAGUUAAUAUGGUUAUACUUGUGCUUAUCGGGAUGUUUGUGGCCUAAUUGUUAUUUAUUUAUGGAAAUAACAAUCAUUAUUCCAGUGGUUUGGGAAUAUGAUUGUAUAUCGGCGUAAAAUCACGUCUAACUAAAGAUUGAUUUGUAUCGUGACGAGUUAAACCGUCUCGAUGUAAAAUAUGACGAAUAAUUACGUCGUGUUUGCCAAAAAACAAAAAUGUUGAUUUCGUUUACAAAUUAUCAAUUUUUUAUAUUGCCAGAACUAUGUUAUGUGAACUGUAUUGUUUAGUUUAACAUCAGUUGAAGAACAUUGUUUGUCGACGUUCGACGCGAGUUUUAAAAUUGUAAAAUUAUAGAUAAGGUAUUUUCGUCUCAAAAACUAUGUACAAUUCGCGAGCUUAGAAUUAGAACGAUCAAAAUUAUUUUCGAAUCGAAAUAAUUAUAUUAAUAACUUCCGAUGAUUUCUACUGAUAAUGUUUAAUGAAAUGUUAAUUUUGUGUCAAAGUAAUUGAAUUAAAAACAUUGACUACAAUAUUAAAAUUCCGAAAAUUUAUAUGUAUACAUAUAUACUGAUGAACUAUGUAACUUUAAGGCACUUAAACCCGUUGGUCCUGCGCCUGAUCUCUCUCCGCUCAUGUCGGAUUGCCGUCUCAUCGGACUAUGAGAGUGAAGGAACAGAGAGUGCACCUGUGUAUUGCGCACACACUUGUGCACUAUAAUAUCUCCUGCGUACUUGGCCUCCGUUGAUAUUGGCCGCCGUGGCCGAAACUCGACUAGGAAGGAAUCAAGUUAAAGGUUGUAAUAAUUUGUACAUUAUUUCGAAUAUUUAUAUGAAUUAUAUCACAGAAAUCCAAGUUAAUUGAUCAGUCAGUAUUACUGAUCAAAAUUAUUGAAAUAUAAUUAUCAGUAGAAACCAACGAAAAAAUAUAUAAAAUAAAUGUUCCUGUUACGGAUUUGUCAUUAUUAUUUAUAACGCUAAAUAUUUUCAUGUGUAUUUAAAAUUAUUUAUAUGAUAGUUAUAAAUAUUUAAGAUAUAAUGUGUCAUUGUGAUUCGGAAGCACAAAAGGAUCAAUUUUAGGUGAUAUUGUUUAUGUUGUGCCAAAUAUAACAUAACUGUUAUAAAUAACGUUAUAACGGUCGAUAACAGCGUUAUUUUGAAGGAAUUGGUGAAAAAGGAUUUAAUGUUAAUUCAAGGAAUUGUGGUCUAAAAAAAGGUUUUUCGGAGCCGAUAAAUAUAAUCGUAUUCUUCAAUAUAUUAUAACAACUAAUAUUCUAUAUAUCUUAGAUUUUUUAAUCAUGUUAAAGUGCUAAGUAAAUUUGAUUAUACAGGUUGAUACAUUUUAUAAGUAUAACAGUUAGCUAUAUUUUAAAAAUAAUUUUAUAUUUUUCGACUUCGAAAAAAGAACAGCUAAACUGGAAUUAAUGGCGUCGUUUAUAAAGUACAUUAAUACGAAUAUAAAGACAAUAUAAUAAACGAAAUAAUCUAUUUUAUGUCAUUAUGCAUAAUGUUUAACCGUAACACGUACGCAACAAUGUAUUCAUUAAAUGUAAAUAGCAGUCAAGUUUAAUCUCAGUUAUUAUUAGAAUAGAAACAGUUGUUAGUAUAGUUCUCUUAACUAUAGUUAAAGUUUCAGCUUUGGAAAGUGUUCAUACAUUUUAUAAAGAUACUCCUAUUACUUUUUUAAGGCUUCUAAAUAAGCAAAGGAAGUUAAUUAUUCUGACUAAAUUUUUUCUUUUCUAUGUUUUUUAAAAUCUAAUUUACAUUCUAUCAAUAAUCGUUUCGACUGACUACAUAUAUGCAUUUAUCUUCAUAUUGUACUGAAAUUGUAUUAAAAUUGUCUAUUUAUAGUAAUAAUUGCUUUGGGUUGUUGAACAGGCCUAUGUUUCUAAAAGCAUAUAAUUUAUUCAUUCUAUAAAAUUGUUAUUCAUAUUUUUCUUGUUCUAAAAGACUGUCGUUCGUUUCUCACUUUGAUUAGAAAUUCUGUGAUAUGGUAGAAAAAUGUAUUUAAAAACAAUAUAUUUUCAAAAUGGUUUUCACUUUUGCAUUUAUUUUAUAAAUUGUGGAAAAUGUUUUGUCAAUGCUGUGUGGUAAUGAAGUUUGAUCUUUAUAGUUAUUUUUAUCUAAAACUUAUAUCAGAGUGUGUUGUAUUUUUAAUUGUGUGUGUGUGUAAGUCAGAAACAAUAAUCGGUCUAAACGCACAGCCACAUAAUUGCUCAACCUACUAAUAUUAAAUCCUCAAAUAUAUUCCAAUAAAAUAAGAUAAUCAAAAGAGCCUAAAAAUGAUUUACUAUGGAAAAAUAUUACAAGUAAAUAUUUUAUAAUUUUUAAUUUUCACGGCACUAAAAUAUUAAAGGUGGUUAAACACACCAUGUAUAUGAACAUAGAGGAACUUCGAGCUAUGGAAAGUUGGACGAUUGUGUGGAUGCGACAUUAGUGGGUAUUUGCAGGAAUGACUGAUUAGGGUUUGAAUUUUCAAUCAUCAGAUAAAAGUUAAACAAUAAUCCUUACCUUACUAGAUAUAAAGGUAAAAACAAUAAAAUAUUUUACUUCAACAAAUUUAAUUCGUUCGUGGUAUAAUUUACCGAAUAAAUAUUUUUAACCAACUUAAAAAAAAGGAGGAGGUUCUCAAAUCAACUGUAUUUUUUUUAUCUGACGAUUGAAAUUGGAUCCGUAAUGAGUUAAUUCUAUUUUAAAUAGCUUUCAGUUUUUAUAAAACCCUAUAAAUUACGUUACAUGUUCGUUGGUUUUAACACAUUUUACAAUAGUUAAGAUUUACCUCGUAUAAUAGAGUGUGUACUGUUUUAAUAAAUUUUUAACUUGUAUCGUUUCUGAAUUUAGGUGAAUGAUGUAAGACUAGUGUGACAGUAUUAGAAAGUUUUUAGCAUUCGAUGCAUUCAUUUAUUGUGUAAAUAAGAUUUACGUACAUUGUUAGAAGUUUAUCGUGAUAAAAGAAUUAUAUUGUGGUCUGAUGAUAA